AGGCCUAGUCUACGAUGCCUGGAUGCAGCGACCAACUCCACUCCAGAAUCCUUAUCCCCUUUGGCCUUUGACUUGCGACCACGGACGGCUGAGCGUGGGCGUGGGGCACCGGCGACUGGGAACUGCGCUGUGGCCUGCCGGCGUGGGGCGACCGCUGGCCGGCUGGCGGGUGGCUGGCUAGGGGUUGGUCGACUCCCUCCUCCGCUCAGGUUCAUCCACUUCUGCCUCGGUUGUGGCUGUCCGCUAUAGCAUUAGGCCCCGUCGACCCCGCGCAACAGUGCCUCGAUUAAGAGGGAACAAGGGAGACAGUGAUGCUUAAGGGGAAAACAAUUGAUGCGUUUUUCAAAAGAAAGAGAGGUGAUUCAACUGAAUGUGAAGCUGAUGAAACCACUAGCAACAGAAGAAAUUCCUGUUCCGCCUCCUCUGUUGUUGCUCGAAUUUGAGCAACAUGGACCACAUCCUUCGAUGCCUCAGCAACAAGGCCAUCAAACUCAAACAAAUGAAGUACAAUUUCGAGGGAUUGAAUUCUUGCAGCGGGAUCCAGCACUACGUCCACAGAUUUGGCAAUAUCCACCUAAUCAAAGAGAUGAUGUGCGGCGAGCGUAUUUGAAGCUUGGUAUUAUGCAGCCCCGCUUGAAGGAUUACAAAGCUUACGGUCCAGAAGGUCGCAAACGACGCUUUAAAUAUGACUGGUUCAAGGAUUUCCCAUCAUGGUUGGAGUACUCGGAGGACAGUCAUCGUGCAUAUUGCUUCUAUUGUUUCUUGUUCAGCAACAAUAAAAACAAGCGAGGUGGUUCAGAUGUCUUUACAGUGCGAGGAUUUGUAAAUUGGAAGAAGGUCCAUGAUGGAAAGAAAUGUGCAUUCUUAAACCAUAUAGGUUCUGAACCUUGCUCUGUACAUAAUAAUGCAACCAAAGCAUAUCAUGACUUCUUGAAUCAGCAAGGCCAUUUAGGAAAUGUUGUAGCAGUGGGCAACGAGAGGAAGACAGAAAGAAACCAGCUGAGGGUGAAAGUAUCAAUUGCAGCUGUUAAGUGGUUGACAUCACAAUCUUGUGCAUUUAGAGGCCAUGAUGAAACACCAGAGUCAAAGAACAAAGGGAACUUUAUUGAACUAUUAAAGCUCCUUGCAGAAUUCAAUCCUGAGAUUGCUGAAGUUAUUUUGGAGAAUGCUCCAUACAGUUCAAAGUACACAUCACAUGAAAUCCAACAAGAGAUAUUGGGUAUUUAUGCAUUUAAAGUUAGGAAACAUAUCCGUGAAGAGAUUGGGAAUUCUAAGUUUUCUAUUCUAGUGGACGAGACAUGUGAUGUAGCAAAAAGAGAGCAGAUGGCAUUGGUUCUCAGAUUCGUUGAUGAAGAUCGUAUAUUGCAAGAGCGGUUCUUUGACUUGAUACAUGUGACGAACACCAAAGCCGCAACACUUAAAGAGGUUGAGUACGCGAAAGGAAACUCAUCCCAUGGGAAGCAGCAUGCACGUGCUGACCCACGAAGUGCUGGGAAAGAAACGGGUUCUGGUGUUAACGAGGGUGGCACUUCUGGGAAGGAUGUACCUAAUGACAGUGCUGAGGAAGUCCUGGAAGAUUCAGAGGAGUCUGAGGACAAUACACUGUUAAUUGAUUCUAUUGCUCAGGAAGCAUGUGAAAAAGCAGAUUUGGGUGGAUCUCAGGCACUGCUUGUUAUUGAUUACAAUAAGCAGAAUGCUGAUGAGAUUGAGGUGGAAGAAGUGAUGGAUGAUAAGAACAGCAAGGCUGAUAUGCAUGUGGAGUACAUGGUACAAUUCCCUGUCUCUUCUGAUGAUGUGGAGGAAGUGCUUCCUACUCCUCCACUAAGAUCUGAGGAUACUCUGAGAUUCAGUACAAGGAAUGUGCAGAACAUGGAGGACAAGAUACAAGAUAGAGCUGUGGCCAUUCCAAAAAAGAGGAACCUUGAAGGUCUGAUGAAGCAAGAGGACGCGGUGACGCUAAGAACUGGAGGGGAAAAGCUGAAAGAGAACGCUUCUCGGCUGAUGAGGAUAUGCGCGACGGCCUGUCAGGAAGAAGGAGCUCGUUGAAGGAGGGGUGAUUGUGAUCUUGCUCUUUAUUUUGAUAGUCUGAUGACCUUCUGCGUGAGGAUGGUUGGGGCCUGUUGCCCUGGUUGGAGUUGGUUAUAUGUUUUGGUCCAGUCGUAGACGGUGCUUUGCUUUGGGUAGAACUUGGAUAUAUAGUGUCGUCGGGUUUUCGCCCCACAGUGAGUAAUCUCGAUGGCGAGUGCUCAUGGUGGGUUUCCCGAUGAUGCUUGAACCUGCUUUCCUCUUUCCCGCCUUAUUCUCUGGACAAUGGUUGUAUUUCCGUUAUGUCGCAGUAAUGGAAAGGGGUAAUGCCCGGUUCAAAAACAAUUUGUACACAACACGCCUCUAAAUUAAUCAAUUAACUGCUGCAUUCAUGUCA